UACCGCGCCCGCGCGCAGGAUGCUUCUCUUUGCCACUCGCGAGAGUCAGCUCCUGGCCUGGCGGCGAGUUGGCCAUUUUUCUAUCAGCCGACGCGCGCGACGUCGACCACGCUCCGCCCAGUUGCCUCGCUCGCUUCCUGCAUACAACCUGCAGGUCGCCUCGCUUCAUUCCUUGGAUCACUCGCCACCUCCACGCCCCAGCCUGACGCCUCCUGCCUGCCAUCCUCCUCCCCAUUUCAACGCCUCCUCCUAUUUCUUAACUUGCUCCAUUUCGGAGCGAGCGAGCUGCGCGCGGGUGUGCAGAGCGAGCCAUUGACCGAUCCAUCCGUCCGUCGGCCAUGGACGCGGCGUUGGCGGGCGUGGCGGACGCGCCAGGGGCGGCGCCGCCGCCGUACGUCAGCCCGUCGGCGGCGUUCCCCAUCGCGAUCGUCAUCGCCAUCGGCUUCAUGGUCACCUCCGUCAUCCUCGUCAGCUACUACUUGCUCGUCGUCCGCUGCUGGCUCCGCGCCAGCGGCGCCAGCCUGCUCCCGCGCACCCGCCGCGACGAGCUCGUGGACCGCGUCUCCGCCGUCUUCUUCACCGACCACGACGCCGACCAGCUGCCCGGCGGGGUCGACCCGGACGUCGUCGCCGCGCUCCCCGUCGUCCGGUACCGCCCGGCCGGGAAGGCGCUCGAGUGCGCCGUGUGCCUCUCCGAGUUCGAGCCCGGGGAGCGGCUGAAGAUGCUGCCCGCCUGCUCCCACGCCUUCCACAUCGACUGCAUCGACACCUGGCUCCACCACAACGUCAGCUGCCCGCUCUGCCGGACCGAGGUCACCGGCUCGGCCGCCGCGCCCCCCUCGGGCAAAGCCUGCUGCGACGACCACGACGCGUUCGCCGCCUGGAUCGACGCAGCCCCCUCGAGGAAUAUGGCCUACGCGGGGGGCUCGUGCCGGUUUCCCAAGCAGGGCGUCGCCGUGCAGGAGCCCAUCAGGCGGUCCUUGUCCAUGGACUUCUUGCCGGGCGAUCGCGGACGGAAGCCGCGGAAGGAGGCCGAGCUGCCGAGCCAUGCCGACGUGGCCGGCAGCAGCAACAGUGCGGCCGCCACCCAAGCCGGCGUCGGCGAGACGAGCGGGCGGUUCCGGCGGCUUAUGUCGUCGUUCGGGCUCGGGCGGAGCUCGCGGAGCACGGUGCUGCCCAUUCACCUCGACCCAUGAGUCCGUCCAUGACACACACGAUCUCAAUCGGCCGGUUCGUACGUGAUCGAUGCUUUUGCUGUUGAUUGAACUCCCCGCUUGCCUGCCUGCCUAAUGUAGCCGAGGAUGGUUUGAUUACUGUUUUGUGUUCAUGCAAGCAAUGUACAGCCCGUAGGAGACUGCUAGUAGUUUUUGGA